AAUAGCUAAGGACAGAAAGAGGAUUAUUGUAUUUCUUCACACCACCAUCAGAUGAAUGCAUAUCAAGAUGAGUAGGAAUAUAACCCCAUCUAAAUGCUCGGAAUGCAAGCUAGCCGUAUUAGGAAGAUGCAGCGUAGGAAAGUCAGCAACCAUUGUGCGGUACCUGACUAAACGGUUCAUUUGGGAAUACGACCCAACAUUAGAAUUUAUCUACCGCCACCAAACACCCGUCGAUGAUGAGCUCGUUUCCAUGGAGAUCUUAGAUACUGCAGGACAGGAGGUGGAUAGCAUACAGCGAGAAGGUCACGUGAGAUGGGGUGACGGGUUUCUCGUAAUCUACAGUAUCACGGACCGGAAGAGCUUUGAAGAGGUCGUCCAGAUCAAAGGCUUUCUCGACGAGAUCAAGAAAGCGAGGAAUGUAUCCGUCGUCAUCGUCGCUAACAAGUGCGAUCUCGAUCACAUGCGUGAAGUCAGUACUGAGGAAGGCGAGAAGAUGGCUCAAGAACUUGCUUGCGCGUUCUACGAAUCGUCUGCAUGCCGUGGUGAUGAGAGUAUACCCGAAGCCUUUCAUGAACUAUACCGGGAAGUCCGGCGACGACGAGCGAUGGAAGGACACAAGUCCCGAAGGCGGAGCUCCAUUCAACAAAUGAAACAAGUUCUGAAUAAAACACUAACGAAGAUCAACAACAGACAAUGAUAAUCAUCAAGAAUCGCGCCAUUUGUAAAGGAUAUAUAUUUUUUGUUGAUUCCUAUAAAUCUUUCACGAGUACAAAGCGGCGACUUACGUUGUGGUCUCCUGUCGAACUAAAUGAACAGUCGAACUAAAUGACAAGUCGAACUGAGAAUACUUGACAGACAGUCUCCCUUGGUCUAGCAUCAAUCGUCUGUUCUACAAAUAGUAAAAUCAUAUAGGGUCAAAGACAAUGUAAAUGAUGUACGAAGUUCACUGAUGCCGAGGAGGACGAGAGACUCUGCAGCUUCAAUCAUUUGAACAUCUAGAGGAACAGCACUGAUCUUUAUCAUGCAUAUGAAAUGCUGAACUGAAAUGUUUUAAACCGAAUAUGGUUAUUCUUAAACAUGUGAUGUGCAAAAAUAAAAUAUGAGAUUGACAAAAAUGUACUGUUUACAAACCUGUUUAAGCUAAGCAGUAAGCAGGCAGUGUACACCAAAUCUUGCAGUUGUUCGCAUGUCAUGUAUGGAUGAAUUAUUAUCCUUAGUAUGAAACUGUUGUGUUUAAGAGAAAACGGAAGUCAGAAUCCAUUGCGACUUUCCACCAUCACAAAAAUAGCGUUUUGUUGCUAUCGUCUGAUCGCUACCAACAGUAAAAGGGGCGCAUAUGUACUUCGUAACACUGAACAUGUUGUACUAUUAUGUUUGUUUGUUUGGUUUACUGACUGCUAAGAGAACAUGAGCAUGAUUGUAUUUAAGCUACCAGGGGACCGACGGCGAUUUCAAGUCAUAUCCGAGGGACCUUGGUACUGUGGAAUAAUGCCUUACCAAGGGCACUUUACUUCAUCAACUUGGUUUCGAACUCGGAACCUCCUGUGUACGAGACCCCUGCUCUACCACUGAGCCAUCGCACCCCCCCCCCACCCCCACUAAAAGGAAGCAUUACAUUUCAUCAAACAAAAUGUGUUUAAGGAAAUGACUAGAUAAUAAAGAGUUAUUAACGAAAACUCUGUUAAUAAUCAUCAUCAACAAAAUUGGUCUUUUUUUAUUGAGUUUAUCCGAGAAUGCUUCAUAGCUAGAUUCACUUAAUAUUCGUUUGUUCGGAGGAUGAAUAAAUAAACCAGCAAUAAUUUCUAUAUUUGAUCCGAAUGUCGCAAUCAUACACGACAUGAUGGCACGCGGUUCAUUAUUCCCCUCUCACCCCCUCCCCCCCCCCCCCA